AUGCAAUACCUCCUGCUUUGUGCUGCCAUCCUCCUACCUGAGAGUCUUGCUUUUCCAGUGCAACUUGAACCAGAACCACGGAGCAAGAGAGACUUGGAGAAUGUAAAGGUAUAUCUUAAUAAAUUCUUUCCACUUCUUGCAAAAACACGAAGCCUAAGCUUAGAAGAGAGGAUUAAAGAAAUGCAGAGAUUUUUCCACCUGACUGUAACUGGAAAAUUAAAUACAGAAACAGAAGAAAUAAUGAAACAGCCCAGAUGUGGAGUCCCCGAUAUAGCAGAUUACAAAACAUUUCCUGGAAGUCCAAGAUGGAAAAAGACACAUUUGACUUACAAGAUUGUCAAUUAUACACCUGAUCUACCCCAAAGGAAAGUGGAUGAUGCAAUUAGAAGGGCUUUUAUGGUAUGGAGUGAUGUGACUCCGCUGCAGUUCCAAAGAGUAUUCAAGGGACAUGCAGACAUUGUGAUUGGAUUUGCACGUGGUGAGCAUGGUGAUGGAUAUCCUUUUGACGGAAGAGGUAACACACUAGCUCAUGCGUUUGCACCUGGAGAAGGGCUUGGUGGAGAUGCUCAUUUUGAUGAUGAUGAAAGGUGGUCAGAGUACAAUCGAGAAGUUAAUUUGUUCCUUGUUGCUGCUCAUGAAUUUGGCCAUUCUUUGGGACUUGCUCAUUCAAAUGUCCGUGAAGCUCUGAUGUACCCUAUCUACUCAUACGUGAACCCAGCAACCUUCAGACUUUCAGAGGAUGAUAGGCGAGGAAUUCAGAAGUUAUACGGGAGAAAGUCGUCAAACUCUUGAAGAAAGUGCUUCAAAAAGACCAAAGAAUUCA